AUGGCUGGUGCGUCGGAGGAGGAGGAGGAGGAGAGGCGACAAGAGACGCAACAAACACACAAAACUACCAAAAAGAAACAACCAGGGAAGAGGAAGAGUGUAGCAGAGGAAACGGUUCAGGCCGAGAAGAAGAAGAAGAAGAAGACUGAACCGAAAGAGUGCAUUGUUCCUCAGAAGAGAGACACGGGGGACGGAACGUCAACGAAACCCAAAAGAAAGAGGAAGAAGAAGACGAUCACGGACGUCUUGUCCUCUUCGGAGCCCAAACCGGGCUCUCCGGCGGACCUGCAGGCCCUGGCGACGCAGCACUUCUCGGACAAGCUCUCUGUGAUCGAGCAGGAGGAGCUCAAACUGCGGGACUCCUGCUUCCUGUCCAGCAACGACCUGACGCACACCCUCUCCUCGUAUCUGAAACAAGUUUGUCCCAAGUGGUCGAAGAUCCAAAAGCAGCACACGGAAAAGAGCUCCGUGGUUCUGCUCGUGGUCUGUGGCUCCGCCCUCCGAGCCAUCGAGCUCAUCAAGCAGAUGACCGCCUUCAAGGGCGAAGCCAAAGCAGUCAAACUUUUUGCAAAACACAUCAAGAUCGAGGAGCAGGUGAAGCUGCUGCAAAAGGGCGUCACCCACAUAGGAGUCGGGACGCCCGGCAGGAUCGGCGCUCUACUCGAGAACGAGGUUUUGAGCGUGCAGGCGUUGAAAUACGUGGUUCUGGACUGGAACUGGAGGGACCAGAAGCUGAGACGGAUGGUGGACGUUCCUGAGGUCAAGCUGGACCUCAUGAAGCUGCUGGAGAGUCGCAUCCUGACUGGAUGCAAAGAAGAAAAAUUCAAAAUUGGACUAUUUUAACAUUGCCGAUGGAAGGACGGCCUUGAUGUUUAAAAGCUACUCAUUGAUGUUUCCUCCCUCCAUGCCGAGGGCCUCAUCCUGUUUGUGUCAGCGUGAAGUCGGUGCUGCGCUUUGACUGUUUUCCAGAGCGCGUAUCAAACGCGUGGUGUUGUUUGUUCGCUGUUGUCGGGUCGGGCGCGACGGAUUGAAUAAACGGACUCCGAAUCAAACCGGCA